UGAUCGGAAACAGAAAACCAGCAGAGGAAUCUGCUAUCCAGAUACGUGUGCGUGCAUUGUGCGAUGGUGCGGUGGUCCUUUUUAGAACAUUUGAUUAAACAACACAAUGCAAAAUUGAAAAUGAUGGCCGUGUGGAGUUCGUCUGUUUUCCUUCUACAUCCUUCAUCGGUAUUCCUGUUAAUCAAUUGCAUGGUGCUGUGAAAAUAAAAGCCUCGGUUAUAAAAACAAUAGCCCCGGCAUUAGCGUGUCAUCUCCAUCCAGUUUUUAGAGAUUUAUUCACAAAAGAAACCAAAAGGUGAUAUGGUUUGUUGAUGAUAUUUAGUUUGGUGGAUGAUAAGGAAAGGCCAGUGAUGAGAUAAAUAUGGAUAAAACAUUAAUUAAGCGCAGCUGUGCGUUGUUGAGCAGCAAUAGCAAGUGUGCAAUUUAAAACUUUUUGAAUCCUCAGUGUGUGCGAAGACAAAUCCUAUCUACUCUUGCAUAGCCGAGCAAAAUUGAAUAGGAACAUUCUGAUAUUGGGAGGCAAGCCCAUCGUUGUUACCAUUUCUAAACAACCAAACAAUCGUGCCGGAAGCGGUGAAGUCGUUAGUGUCCCAGUGUAACGGAAAGAGGGUAAGAAAAGCGACAGCAGGAUGGCUCUAGGACGGAAGAAACUCGAUGACAAAAUAUUGAAAACACUGCGAGAGCUGGUCAGCAUUGGCGGCAAUAAAGAAUGUUUCGAUUGUGGCCAGAAAGGGCCUACCUACGUCAACAUGACCAUUGGAUCUUUUGUAUGCACCAGCUGCUCUGGAAUACUAAGAGGACUAACGCCACCUCAUCGAGUAAAAUCGAUAUCAAUGGCCACGUUUACGCAAGAAGAGACAGAAUUUUUGAAACUUAAUGGCAACGAUAAUUGCAGUCGAACUUGGCUUGGCCUAUGGGAUGCAAAGCGAGCAAUCAAACAAGAGCAUCGUGACUUCAUGAUAGAUAAAUACGAGAAAAAGCGAUACUAUUUGGAACCUGCUAGUCCGCUUAAAUCCUUGCAAUCCAACGUAUCGAGCUCUUUAACGUCGUUAACAAUGAAGAAUGUUAAUGAAAAUUUGAUUCCUCUAAAGACCCCAACACUGACACCCCCGACAACUUUAAGAUUGCAUCGCAACAACUCCGGUUCAUGUAAUGGUUUUACCAGUGUUAUUUCAUCAUCAACGUCUACUGCUUCCGCACAUGGGAUUGGUUCAACACCACAGUUCCAACAACAGUUCACUCCAGAUGAUAGCGAUUUCUUCGGCACUAGAUCACCCAAGAUUCUUCCUCCGACUCCACAAAAGCACUCGAAUCUGCAGCGUAAGAAUGGCAUUAAAAUAAAAAAAUCUCUUAUCGAUCAACCCCCAACUUUUGAACGCAAUCAAAAAAAUGGAUUGCUGAGCACCUCUACAUCAUCCAAUGGCAAUUGCGCUGGAGAAUACUCAGACACUACCGGUGACAAUAAUGCUAACCAAUUUACACCCAAUAGUGAUUUUGUAGCAGAUUUUGCAAGUGCAAGCAUCGUCGAGAAUAUUAGCAAUAACAAAGCUCUUUAUGGAAGCACCAGCAGUUUGAAGAACAACGGAAUGGCAGUCGUGGAAAAUGCGAUCGGGCAUCUACAUCAUGGAAAAUCAUCGGAGAAUGAUUUAGAGAAUUUUGCAGAUUUCGAUCAUAAUCCUAUUUUCAACUCUGCAGAAAAUAUGAAAUCAUACUCCAGCUUCAACAGCAUUGAUAGCAGCAAUACGACAAAUAGUACCUGCAGCAUGACUAGUAUGCAAAGCUCGUCUGGGCCAAAUCCAGAGUUGAGUAGAGGCAGUUACAACUCCUUCAUUAAUAGCACGCCAAUUGACACGGCAAAUUUAUCAUUAGGAAUCCGCCAUGCGAAACUUAGCCAUGCGGCUAAGUGCACAUGCAUGUCGCCAAUGUACGGAAGUAUACAAUCGUCUAGAGAUGCGAUCUAUGAAUUUGGAAAAAAGUAUAACUUCAAUGAUGGAUACAACAACAUACGCAGUUAUUUCAAUAAUAAUAAUAAUAAUAAUAAUAAUAAUAAUAAUAAUAAUAAUAAUAAUAAUAAUAAUAAUAAUAAUAAUAAUAAUAAUAAUAAUAAUAAUAAUAACAAUAGUGAUAAUAGUAUUAGUAAUGGUAGUGCACCCUUUAAUAACAUGCCGUGCGACUUUUGGCAACAUUUAGAAAGCCAUUAUUCACCGGGAUACAAUCGACGACAACAUGAGCAGCAGCAACAUAAUGUGAACAACAAUACUGUUGCGCAGGCGACGACUUCGCGCCAUCCCAACAGUCAAAUUAACUUUUGCAACUUUGCAGAUCUAAAUCGAUGGAGUCUUCAGGCCUCUGCGCUGUUCAAGGCUAGUUCAUCAAGCAGCGACAGCAACAACAUUUCGGUCUGCUCUGCACCGUCAGUUGAUCGAUAUGCAGCACUAAAAGAUCUUGAUGAACAAUUCCGAGAAUUUAAGCUAGACGCAGAUUCGAAUAACAUGGACACUCUAGAGUCAAAUGGAUUAAACAAUUUGGACGGCAAAAUCGAUCAUCAUACUCCACGCACUGUUAACCCCUUCAAAUCGGCCAAUCCAUUCCAGCAGCAGCAACAGCUUGAGCAAAGGCAGGUGAUGAAUUGGCCUAAUGGAACGACAUCGGAUUCACGUUAUACAUCGACGGCAUCCAGCGAAAAUGGAUUUUACACAAAUUUACCGCAUACAGGUCUUGUGCAAGGUAACGCAGUACAUAUGUACAACGGGAACAUUACAACGGGUGUUGCUGGUGCUAUGCCUACGGGCUACCAUCCUCUUACUGCUUAUCAUGCUAAUGGAAAUGGCUACUCCUUGGUCGGAUCUAACGGUACGCCGAUGAGCAGUACAUAUAAUGCCACAUCAAGCAGUGGUGGACAGCAGUUAGUAAGCAACAUGCAGGCACAAAGUUUUGGAAAUCCUUUCAUGGUAAAUGGUAAGAGUGCAGGUAAUUCGAGUAACCCUUUUUUAUGAGUAGUUUAGUACAGUGUAAAUAUAUAGUAACUCAUCUUGUUCUGUUUAGGGAGGUUUGUUAAGACAAACCUAAGACUAAAGUCCAUGUUACAUAUUUUUGAUUACUUAAAAGUGAUUGUUAGGAAUAGAGAAUGAGUCAUAAAUCAAAGAAAUGCUAGAAGAUCGUUCUACAAACACACCCUUUAAUGUUUCUUUUUAUAUAGCUACUGGAUGAUAUACGAAUGGGUUCUACUAGGAUAAUCUAUGAGAUGUAUAUACAUUUUAAUAUAAAAUGACACAGUUUUUACAUUCAUAAAAAACUACAGUUUUGUUUUAUUAGCUGCAUUCAUUGAAAGCCUAACGAUUGUCAUCUUUCACUUUUACACCAGAAUUGCAGUUUUAUACAAUAGCAUACAAAAAAACGUUGCUUGAAAUGAAACGAUGAUUCAAAUGAAUGAUUCAAACGAAAUGUAAUUACAGCUUUAAAUACCCAAGAAACCAUUGUACACUUAGGAGGUUUCAUCGGAAUGGUAAAAUAAGUUAUUAUAAAAUAUUAGCGCUAUGAAUAAUGAAUAAACAUGAAAAGCUUUUUAUCAAAUACCGGCACUAAGAGUACCGGUUUUGAGUAACAUUCAAAAUCGGAUAUUCAUAUGGCAGAAAAUGUCACGUGCCAAAUUUGGCAAUAUUGGGCAUAUUGACCUUCUCGUAUUACCCUAAAUAAGACCUAAUCACACCAAACUUUGCGUCGUUAGCAAAGAAACGUGGUGCAACGGGUUUACUUUUGGUUAAAUGCGAAAUUCCGAUUUACAGCGAAUUGAUAAAAUCUUACUGUAAAAACGUGAACGUGAAGCAUAUAUGAAGAAUCAAAAUAAUUUCCGAGUUAUGUUAUUGUCCACGCUUUGUAAAGCUUAGAGCUACGAUGAAAUCGAAAGCGCUCUACAACACUUCAUAUUUUUCAUUAACAAAUAUUGACAUUUUAUUAAACAACAUCGCCUAAUUGAAGAAAUGCCAUUUCAUGGCAAAAAUUAUCUCAAAUGAAACUUACUGGAUGGUUGUUAAAUUCAAAUGACGUAGGGUGAAAUGUCUCAUAGUGUUAUGAGGCAAAAAUUACUAUGCUGCUUUAGUAUGCGGAACAACAAACUUUCCCUUAACAAGUUUUCCUUAGGUACAGCAUGUAAGACACACAAAAAGGAGCAAGUCUUAAGGCGUUUGAGCAAAUCUUAAAACCUUCAAUUUCAUAGAAUAGAGUUAUGUUUUUUUAGAGCACAUAAGCAAUCACAAUAAAGAGGAAUGGGAAACGUA